UUUUGUAAGAAAUAAAUGAAUUAAAUAUUCUGGAAAGAAACUAUUUUCCUGUCGGCCAGCUAUAAAUACUUACUUUAACAAGAGGACAGAAUUAAAGUGGUAUGUUUUUGGGUUUCAAAUGUUUUAAUUAAGUUAAAACGGAGCAGGUUAGCAUCGUGGUUAGCAUAUCGGGAUUUUCCAGGAUUUUUCCAGACCAUGCCGUCCUCACUGUGAUCCACUAACAGCAGCAUCAUGGAGCUUCCUUCAGAUGACGGGGAGCCGCCUGCUGUCCUCGACGUCACCACCAGCGAGAAGGUGGUGGAGCUGCUGAACCAGGCGGCUCUCAUCCCCACAGAUGAAAAGCUCACUGUUCUCAAACAGGUUCAGGAACUCAUCAUCAACAAGGAUCCGUCUCUUCUGGACAACUUCCUGGAUGAGAUCAUCGCCUUCCAGACGGACCGGUCCAUGGAAGUCAGGAAGUUUGUGAUCGGGUUCAUCGAGGAAGCCUGCAAACGGGACAACGAGCUUCUGCUGCGGCUCAUCGCCAACCUGAACCUGCUGCUGAAGGACGACAGCGUCAACGUGGUGAAGAAGGCCAUCCUGUCCCUGACGCAGCUCUACAAGGUCGCCCUGCAGUGGCUGGUCCGGUCCCGGUCGGUGUCGGAGAUGCAGGAGGCCUGCUGGGACUUGGUGUCCCAGAUGACCGGAGACGUUCUGAGCAUGCUCGACUCGGAGAACGACGGCGUCCGGACGCACGCCAUCAAGUUCACCGAGUCGCUGAUCGUCACACUGUCGCCGCGGACGCCCGAGUCCGACGUCCCCAAGAGACAGGAAGGAGACAUCAGCCUGGACAAGGUCCCCAGGGACCACCCCUACAUCCGCUACGACGCUCUGUGCGAGGAGGGGAAGGCGGCGCUGGACAAGCUGCUGAAGUUCAUGGUUCACCCGGCAAUUUCCAGCAUCAACCUGACAACCGCGCUCGGCUCCCUAGCUACCAUCGCGAGGCAACGCCCGAUGUUCAUGUCCGAGGUGGUGCAGGCCUACGAGACGCUGCACGCCAACCUGCCCCCCACCCUGGCCAAGUCCCAGGUGAGCAGCGUGAGGAAGAACCUGAAGCUGCACCUGGUGUCGGUUCUGAAGCAUCCGUGCAGCCUGGAGUUCCAGGUCCAGAUCGGGACGCUGCUGCUGGACCUGGGCAUGCCGCAGAGCGAGAUCAGCCGCAACACGCCGCCGCCGCGCGAGCAGAGGAAGCGUCCGCGCUACGAGCCCGCCGCCGAGGGCAAGAAGGUCAAGAUGGAACCGGCGCUCAUCGAAGACGACGAGGACAAAGAGGAGCCGGUACCGCUCGCUGCCCCGAAGCCGGCGGCCGCCCCGACUCCGCAGUCAGCCAUCGACCUCACGGCCGAAUUCCUGCGACCCCUGCUGACCCCGGAGAACGUCGCCAACCUGGUGCUCAUCAGCAUGGUGUACCUGCCGGACGUCAUGCCGGCGUCCUUCCAGGCCACCUACACACCGGUGGAGUCAGCCGGAACCGACGCCCAGAUCAAACACCUGGCCCGGCUGAUGGCGACCCAGAUGACGGCGGCCGGGAUCGGACCAGGUCUGGAGCAGUGCAAGGCGCGGGAGGACGAGUCGGGGAAGGAGGAGCCGGUGGAGGACGAGUCGGGGGGGAAGGACGUCCUGAUCAGACGGUCGCUGUCCUCCAUGGUGGGCCAGGCCAUCUCCGUGGUGGGCGGCUACAGCGAGAAGCCGCCUGCCCCCGAGGCGCCCGCCGUCAAGAGGCUUCCUGAGCCCAUCCUGCCCUCCGUCCAGACCAAGAUGGCUGGCGCCGGCGGCAGGAAGAAGGUGUUCCGCCUGGCGGACGUGGUCCAGCCGCUGUCCGACUCGCAGAUCGGAUCGCUGUCCUCCAGAGCCGUGAAGCGCAUCCUGCACUCGGAGAAGGCGGUCACCCAGAGCGGCAUGUCCCACGUCAGGGUGAAGCUGCUGUCCCGGCUGGUGACCCAGUUCGAGGGCGUGAUGAAGGAGGACGUCCUGGACUACGUCCUGGAGGACAUGCGAUGCCGUAGCGACCUGGCCUUCUCUCUGCUGUACCAGGAGUACAACAGCUACCUGAGCCAGCUGCCGGCAGGCCUGCUGGACGGAUACGACCACUGCCUCUACACGCUGCUGUCCGGGCUGCAGGAGAAACCCGAGCAGAGGGACGGGCUCUUCACCAAGCUGGUUCUGGAGGCUCCCAUCAUCACCGAGUCGGCGCUGGAGGUGAUCCGCCGCUACUGUGAGGACGAGUCCCGGGUUUAUCUGGGCAUGACGACGCUGAAGGAGCUGAUCGUCAAGAGGCCGUCCAGGCAGUUCCAGUACCUCCAUGUUCUGUUGGACCUCAGCUCCCACGACAAAGAGAAGGUGCGCAGCACCGCCCUGGCCUUCCUGAAGCGGAUGUAUGAGAAGGACCACCUGAGGGACUACAUCGAGAAGUUUGCCCUGAACUACCUGCAGCUCCUGGUUCACCCCAACCCGCCCUCGCUGCUGUUCGGCGCCGAUAAGGACACGGAGGUUGCUGCUCCGUGGACGGAGGAGACGGUGAGACAGUGUCUCUUCCUCUACCUGUCCCUCCUUCCGCUGAACCACCGGCUGGUCCAUGAGCUGGCGUCCGUCUACACCGAGGCCAUCGCCGACAUCAAGCGCAGCGUGCUGCGCGCCAUCGAGCAGCCGAUCCGCGGGAUGGGGAUGAACUCUCCAGAGCUGCUGCUUCUGGUUGAAAACUGUCCUAAAGGGGCGGAGACUCUGGUCACUCGCUGCCUGCACAUUUUGACCGAUAAAGUGCCUCCAUCGCCGGAGCUGGUGGAGCGGGUCCGGGACCUCUACCACAAGCGCGUUCCGGACGUUCGCUUCCUGAUCCCGGUCAUCAACGGCCUGGAGAAGAAUGAAGUCAUCCAGGCUCUGCCGAAGCUCAUCAAGCUCAACCCCAUCGUCGUGAAGGAAGUCUUCAACCGGCUGCUGGGAACUCAGCACAGUGAGGGAAGCUCUUCGGUUUCUCCACUGACUCCAGGAGAUCUGCUCAUCGCCUUGCACAACAUCGACUCAACAAAGUGCGACAUGAAAUCCAUCAUCAAAGCCACCAACCUGUGCUUCGGGGAGAAGAACGUCUAUACGUCGGAGGUGCUGGCGGUGGUGAUGCAGCAGCUGAUGGAGCAGAACCCGCUGCCCAUGCUGCUGAUGCGCACCGUCAUCCAGUCCCUCACUAUGUACCCGCGCCUGGGCGGCUUCGUCAUGAACAUCCUGUCCCGCCUCAUCGUCAAGCAGGUGUGGAAGUACCCCAAGGUGUGGGAGGGCUUCGUGAAGUGCUGCCAGCGGACCAAGCCGCAGUCCUACAGCGUUCUGCUGCAGCUGCCGCCGCUGCAGCUGGCCAGCGUGUUUGAGCGCUGCCCGGAGAUGAGGGCGCCGCUGCUGCAGCACGUCCUGUCCUUCACGCCACAUCAGCAAGCUCACAUCCCGACCUCCGUCAUGGCGGUGCUGGAGGCCCACAAGAAGCCCGACCCGGCGCCAGCGGAGCCGGUUCUGGAGGAGGAACCGGCAGAACCAACUGUCGCACAGCAACCAGGACCAGAACCAGGACCAGGACCGACGCUACAGCAGGAAACCGUUCUGCUGAGGGAUGAAGAGGAACCGAUGGAACAGGAAGAGGCGGGGCCACCGACACCAGAGACCACCGACCCGGUUCACCAGGAAGAAGAUCCGAAAGUGCAGAGGAACCAGAACCAGAACAAGGCCAGGAGCCAUUGGAGGAAACAAUGGAGGAGCCCGAGGCCGAGCCAUCGGAUCAGUCGGAACCGCUCACGGUUCCAGAACCGGAGGCGCCGCCUGCAGCUGGAAGCGGGUCGGAAGACGCAGAGUAGACCGACGGUUCUGCUGCUGUAACCCGGUUUACCCCGACUGGGUCAAUAAAUGUUAGUUUGUCAGAA